CGUGGUUCAACUACCACUCCAUUAUGGACGACAUUUCUGUAACAUCCCAUAUAGGUCCCACCGGCAGAACAGCCAUGCGCAGCCGAACAAUGUCAUACAACUCUUCCACAAGUUCGCGAUGGACAGGUCCUCGCGCGCGCCGGCCUAGCAGGUCAUACACCAAUGAACAGUCUACAUAGCUUCACGUCGGACACAGACCAUUCGGGAGUCGUCUUACCCACACCCAGGCGUGACCAUCUCUAGACUUCUCAAAGCCCGCAAGUACCGGCUCCAGCCCGACCACGAUGGUGGUUUCCCGCACAAGUGCAAUCUCACCCGUCAUUACAUCCUCGUCCAUAGACUUUGCCAUCCGUUCUUCAGGAGCGACCAGUGCAACCAAGAGGUGCAGUUUCAACAGCUUGAUGGAGGAGAAGAGAUUACAUGCCGGUUCCCCAGGUCGCCGAUGACGCCCAGCGGUAGUAGAGAUGUGGGCCUGGGCACGAUUCUGGGGGCGAAGGAGCCAGAUACGGGUGCGGCCAGGAGGUAUGUGAAGCAGCUGCACAAGAACUCGAUGAAAGCGUAUGCGGUGCCGAGCGCUAUUGCUACCUCGUCAUUGGUAAAGUUAUGUAUUGGCUUGAGGUUGUACUCAGGCCAAGGUGCACCUCCGAUGUAUGGCGACUACAAGGCCCUGAGGCAUUGGAUGGAACUCACUAUUCACGCUCCUUCUCGAUAAUGCUAUACAUACGAUCUCUGGUGCUGGAGUCUCGACUACCCUCCAUUUCCUGAAUCUGCGGCCAAGCCGGGUCCUUGAUCAACCCAGUGUGGGUUGCGCUCGUUACUUCAAGGGGGAUUAAGAGACCCACAUCACAUCGCGAUGUUCAUUCCGUUGCCGCAACCAGCGCUGCCCCCUAUCGACAACGGGCACUUCCAGACAACUCUGUCAUGCUCGGAUUGACUUUAUCUGCCUAUCGUCCUUUGCCAAGGGCCAGGACCUCAUUAGGGCCGUCUUCUUGUUCUCAGUCUCGAUUUCAAGCAUGUAACUUUGUACUACGCCCAUGCGAUCGGCACAUACUUGCUUGGAAAAUCCAUAUAUCUCAGUCUUGUCAUGGCGCACGCCUUUUCGUUCGCCUCGCCACCAUCGCCGCUAUCACCGUUAUCUUCGUCCUGCUCUUUAUCCCUUUCC